AUGUCAGCAAGGAGAUCGCCAAGAAGACCAGAAAGUGCAAAACCACUGCAGAAGCCCAAAAUUUCCAGAAAAGAAGAAGAGCUUACUAAAGAAAACCAAAGGCUGAAAGUUACCAUUGACUACAUGCAAGACGAAAACACUAAAUUGAAAGAAAAAUUGGAAAAAAUCGCUGAUAGAUUAAUAAAUAAUGUUGACAAAUCAGAAUAUAAUUUUAAAGUUUAUAAAUCACUAUCCGAUAUCUCAGUGGAGGAAUUUACCGCUAUGAUUUCCGAUAUAACAUCAAAGAAAGAGAAAAAGGGGGAACAUUACCUGGAAAGUCGGAUUGAAGAAGUGGAAACCAGAUUGACUCAAAUGAGCGGAGAAUUUGCUAAAUUGAUCCAGUUAAAGAUGAGAUUGGAAAAUGGUUUAGAAGACAUAGAAAACUGUUAUUGUAUUGAAACUACACGCCAAAAAGCCAGAUCUUUGAAAACACACUCAGCAAACACCCAAAUAUUCAUCCAACCACCAAAAUAUGAAGACCAAAACAAAACUAAACUAACGUUAUUAGAGGAGAUUCUCUCUGAAGAAACAGUUACAGAAGACGAAAACCCACUUGUUAUCUCUCCAUCUACCAACCGUCUUCCACAAUCUGUUACCAUGAACCUCGAACCAAUACUUAUGCCUCGGAAAUUUGUGAAGUUGCCUGCUGAUACUCAUGUAAAAGAUAUUCUACCAGAAUUAAAACAACUGAUUAUACAAACCCUGAGUUUACAGAAAGGAAAUGGAAGUGAUUGGAGAAUGUUCGCUGAAAGGAUUGGAUUAUCAGAAACACUCAUCAACCAAUGGAAACUCAUGAAACUGAAUCAACCAAUGAGAAACGUGCUCAAUGUGUGGAGUAACAGCCCUGGUGCAACUGUCAGACUUUUACAUCGUCAUUUAGUGUCCCCACAAUUAAAAUCUGUCAUGUUAGCUAAAAGGGUUACGGAGUACUACAACGUUGACUGAGAUUUUGAGGACGGACGGUUUCACUUUGACCUGAAAAUCUGAGUUAUGCACGUGCAAUGGUCGGUACUUCCGGUGAAUGACCUAAAUCUGACGUUGAGUCAUUUUAGUGUGACAUUAUGGGGAUUUCCACCCUUUAUUGGUUUUGUGUUUCAGCACCUGUAAUGCUGACGAAGCUUGAAGGUCAAGAUUUUUUUUAGCAGAAAAACUUAGAUAAGAAAAUGCUAGAAAUAAUGUCUGUUUAUAGGACUUGUACUACGUUGGAGAUUGCAGGUCUUCACUUGCGCGUGAUUGACCUACAAUUACUUUUAAACUGGCUUUUCGCAAUAACAAACAACGCUAUUUUGUUUUAGCCUGCUUUGCAAAUCUGGAAAUUGUUGUUUUGUUUAUUUCUUCUGGAUGAUGGCAAGUGAAGCUCAGAGCAAAAUAUAGAUAUAUAUAUUUUGUGGAAAAAGAUUUGAUGAAGUGUCUCUAGAUGGAUUGUCUCUGCGUUGUCUCAUAUUUUGCCAUUUUGUAAUUAUUAUUCUUUAUAUAGAAUUUUCUUGUACAGUGCUGUUAUUCAUUUUGUUAAAAUGAAAUACUAAUUAUACAUGGU